AUGCAGCUCCUCUUCCUCCUCUCCCUCCCCCUCCUGUCCUUCCUCCUCUCUCCCACCACCGCCCUCCAAUGCAACAACACCCUCCCCGCCUCCUGCCUCGGGCCUGUCCCCCCUCUCGAGCCGUCAACUCAGGCAGUCGCAGAUAACCUCGGCUCUCAAACCCCGCUGAACAACCUCAGCUACUCCGCCGCCCGCGAUGCCUUUGACGCUUUCAACAUCCCCACGAACCCGGGCCUCAGCUCGGUCGUAUACACGGAGCUCAACGUCCCGCAGGGCCCCACGGGGAACCUAAAUCUGCAUAUCUACCUCCCGAAGCACAGAGGGAGGAAGUUGGUGCCGGCGAUUUUAUAUCUACAUGGCGGUGGGUGGAUUCUAGGCGACCCGGUGGUAUACCAACAGGCGGUCGUGAGCUUAGUUCACGACACAGGUGCGGGAGUGGUGUUUGUGAACUACACGCGGGCGCCAGAAGCGGUUUAUCCGGUUGCAAUUGAGGAGGCGUAUUCGGCACUGCAGUGGCUGUAUGCGCAUGCGGGAGAGUACGGGAUGGAUGCUAAGAAGGUUGCGUUUGUUGGCGACAGUGUCGGAGGCCACAUGGCAAUCGGGCUCUCCCUGCUAUCCCUCCAGCGCAACACAACCCUCCCCCUCUACCAGGCCCUCAUCUACCCCGUCACCAACCUCGCCUGCGAGUCCGACAGCUACACACUCUUCCACGACGGGCCGUUCCUUACUGCUGCGCUUAUCCGCUGGAUGAUUGACGCAUGGACCCCGGACGUCUCCCGCCGCAGCGAGAUUCUUGCAUCCCCGCUGCUGGCGCCGAUAAACCAGCUGGAGGGGUUCCCGCCGACGCUGGUGAUCACGGCGGAGUUGGAUCCGCUGAGGGAUGAGGGCGAGGUGUUUGCGCAGCAUUUGGCCGCGGCUGGAGUCGACACAACGGAGCUGAGGGCACAGGGAACGUUCCAUGGGUUUUGGUCGGUAAACGCUUUGAGGCAGACGCCGGUGGCGAGGGUCGCGAGGGAGCUGGUGGCGGUGAAGCUGAGGGGCGUUUUUGGGACGGGAUAUUAG